AUUGUUAAUAGCCAGGAUGUAUACUGGUACAUUUGAAGCUCUGUCUCUCAGGUAAACAUUGUUAAUGGCCAGGAUGUAUACUGGUACAUAUGAAGCUAUGUCUCUCAGGUAAACAUUGUUAAUGGCCAGGGUGUAUACUGGUAUAUUUGAAGCUCUGUCUCUAAGGUAAACAUUGUUAAUGGUGUUGUGCCACGAUUAUUUACAGUAUUCUUUUAAUAAUAACCUUCAUUCAUUGCUUUUCAUUUGUAUUUCCCGGUGUAUAUUUUCCACGAAACUAGGUCAUACAUAUUUUCACUUUUGUACACUUGCUUGUUAUGCGGAAUGAUUUUCUAUAGUUACAACAUAAUUACCUUAUUCAGAAGUUAUUAAUGCAUCCUAUUUUAUCCAUAGUUAUCCUUUUAUAAUGUUAGAAUUAUCCAAAAUCAUACUUGUCAAGUUAAAGGCCAUUUUGGUUUACUUUCACAAUUGUGUACACGCGUACUAUUUUUAGGUGUAUUGACUAACUUGAUCUUUCAAACGUUUAGAGAAAAGUAUAGUCAGUUUCAAAUUAUAGCCGCUGGCGAACAGCUGAGUUUCAGACAGUGACCCAGAAUUAUUUAUUCAGGUAUUUUGGCACACACUGCAAUUCUAUUUAAUUGAUUUAUUAAUAACUAUUGUUAAUGAUAUUAGCUUUUAAUAAAGCUGCUUUUAUUUAUUUAAACAAAUCUUAUUUCUUGAUUAUCCAAAGUUUGGACUUCAAAACAGUUUUAUUACUUUGACUUUAAUUGAUAUUUGUAUAAUAUCUGCCAAACUAUUUACAAUAACGGUUGGCGCUACAAUUGGUGGCAGCGGUAAAAACAACAUUUAAAAAAAAAAAGAAAGAAGGAAAAAAGUAAUACAUAAAAAAAAAAAAAAAACAACAACAUACAAAUCAGCUUAUAUUGAAACUCAAAGUGUGGUUUACAUAUAAUAUUAUUGAACACCAAGAGUUAUUGAAAUUCAAGGUGUAUUUUUCCAUAUAAAUUAUUGAACACCAAGAGUUAUUGAAAUUCAAGGUGUAUUUUUUCCUUAUAAAUUAUUGAGCACCAAGAGUUAUUGAAAUUCAAGGUGUAUUUUUCCAUAUAAAAUAUUGAACACCAAGAGUUAUUGAAAUUCAAGGUGUAUUUUUCCAUAUAAAAUAUUGAACACCAAGAGUUAUUGAAAUUCAAGGUGUAUUUUUCCAUAUAAAAUAUUGAACACCAAGAAUUAUUGAAAUUCAAGGUGUAUUUUUCCAUAUAAAUUAUUGAACACCAAGAGUUAUUGAAAUUCAAGGUGUAUUUUUUCCUUAUAAAUUAUUGAGCACCAAGAGUUAUUGAAAUUCAAGGUGUAUUUUUCCAUAUAAAAUAUUGAACACCAAGAGUUAUUGAAAUUCAAGGUGUAUUUUUCCAUAUAAAUUAUUGAGCACCAAGAGUUAUUGAAAUUCAAGGUGUAUUUUUUCCUUAUAAAUUAUUGAGCACCAAGAGUUAUUGAAAUUCAAGGUGUAUUUUUCCAUAUAAAUUAUUGAGCACCAAGAGUUAUUGAAAUUCAAGGUGUAUUUUUCCAUAUAAAUUAUUGAGCACCAAGAGUUAUUGAAAUUCAAGGUGUAUUUUUUCCUUAUAAAUUAUUGAGCACCAAGAGUUAUUGAAAUUCAAGGUGUAUUUUUCCAUAUAAAUUAUUGAGCACCAAGAGUUAUUGAAAUUCAAGGUGUAUUUUUCCAUAUAAAAUAUUGAACACCAAGAGUUAUUGAAAUUCAAGGUGUAUUUUUCCAUAUAAAAUAUUGAACACCAAGAGUUAUUGAAAUUCAAGGUGUAUUUUUCCAUAUAAAAUAUUGAACACCAAGAGUUAUUGAAAUUCAAGGUGUAUUUUUCCAUAUAAAAUAUUGAACACCAAGAAUUAUUGAAAUUCAAGGUGUAUUUUUCCAUAUAAAUUAUUGAACACCAAGAGUUAUUGAAAUUCAAGGUGUAUUUUUUCCUUAUAAAUUAUUGAGCACCAAGAGUUAUUGAAAUUCAAGGUGUAUUUUUCCAUAUAAAAUAUUGAACACCAAGAGUUAUUGAAAUUCAAGGUGUAUUUUUUCCUUAUAAAUUAUUGAGCACCAAGAGUUAUUGAAAUUCAAGGUGUAUUUUUCCAUAUAAAUUAUUGAGCACCAAGAGUUAUUGAAAUUCAAGGUGUAUUUUUUCCUUAUAAAUUAUUGAGCACCAAGAGUUAUUGAAAUUCAAGGUGUAUUUUUCCAUAUAAAUUAUUGAGCACCAAGAGUUAUUGAAAUUCAAGGUGUAUUUUUUCCUUAUAAAUAAUUGAACACUAAGAGUUACUGAAACACAAAGUGUAUUUUUCUAAAAAUAUUUUAAUAACAUUAAAGGUAACUGAAAUUAAGUAUUAAUUAAGUCUGGUAUAUAAAAUAUGAAUUUAAGACACAGACAAUUACCACUUCCUAUGUUUUUAAAUAAUAGAGGGGGAGGGUCCCCAAGAGCUCCCUUAUAUAGUGUUAAUUCCAAUUUUUCGGACUUAACAAGAGAAAAUGAGACACAAUUUGUUUCAAAUAGUGGGUUAUCAAAUAUGCCAAGUUUACAUGGUUCCUCAAGUCAACUUACCUUGCCUGCUUUAACCAGUAAUAAUUCAUUAAAUGAACCGGGGGUGUCAAUGAUAAGAGACAGUGCACAGAGCAUUAAUGUUCCUGUACAGAGUGCACUGAGCACAAACGUACAACAUCAGAGUGCACCAAGCACAUAUAUUCAAACUCAAGGUGCACCUAGCACAUGUAUUUCAUCCCAAAGUGCAUUGAGCACUGGUCAUUAUACCCAAAGUGCACUGAGCACUGGUCAUUAUACCCAAAGUGCACUGAGUACUGGUCCUUAUACCCAAAGUGCACUGAGCACUGGUCCAUAUACCCAAAGUGCACUGAGCACUGGUCCUUAUACCCAAAGUGCACUGAGCACUGGUCCAUAUACACAAAGUGCACUGAGCACCGGUCCAUAUACCCAAAGUGCACUGAGCACUGGUCCAUAUAACCAAAGUGCACAGAGCAUUGGUUCAUAUACCCAAAGUGCAACAAGCACAUUUGUUCAAAACAGUAGCGCUUCAAACACUUUUGCAAAAGUACAAGGUGUACCAAGCACAUGGUCCUUUUCCACGGGAGGAAUAAGCACAUCUUAUGCAUCUAAUCCAUUUCAUGAUCAGACAAAGACGGCUAAUAUACCACAAAUUACAUCAUUCAGUGACACCAGUUUCAACAGACCAAUCAGACAUAAUAACGGUGAUGACCAACAAGAAGUAUUUAGAUUGAGAGAGAAAAUAAGGGAAAUUGAAAAUGAAAGAGAUUAUUACAGACAGCAGAAUAACCAACCAGAUAAUACAAGACAGCAAAAUUUUCAAUCAGAAAAUACAAGACAGCAGAAUAUCCAACCAGAUAAUGCAAGACAGCAAAAUUUUCAAAUUGAAAAUGAAAGAGAUUAUUACAGACAGCAGAAUAACCAACCUGGGCAACCAGAUAAUAUAAGACAGCAAAAUUUUCAAUCAGAGAAUACAGGACAGCAAAAUUUUCAACCAAAUAAUACUAGACAGCAAAACAACCAAAUGAGAUACCGAACAGACUCCACAUCUAGCAUGCAAGAUAGUUAUCACUCAAGACUACCAUUCUACAAUGGAAGAAGUGACUGGAGUACAUUUCAGAUGCAAUUUGAAAUUAUUGCUGAAAGAAAUAAUUGGGACCCAAGACGUCAAGCUGAGGAAAUAUUACUGGUGCUUAAAGAUGAAGCUGCAAAAUUUGCAUCAGAGCUACCGCAUGAAACAAGGAGCUCGUUUCGACUUUUAUCCAAAGAUAUGGAAAGAAGAUUUGGAGAUAACAACCUGCCUGAAACCUACAGAAAAGAGUUGCAAUUUACCAGAAAAAAUUACAAGGAGUCAGUAAAUGAAUAUGCUGCUCGCAUUCAGACAAUGGUCAGGAAGGCAUAUCCAGGCAUGGAUAAUCAACUAUUCAACAAUAUUUCAAUUGAACAUAUGUUAAAUGGAUUAAAUGAUCAAAGUAUUGCCUAUGAUGUAUUGACAAAAAGACCUAAAACUAUGGAGGAAACAAUCAAUCUUGUAGCAUGGCAUACUACAUGCAAAAAUGGAUUGAGAAGCAAAACUCAAAUAAGGCAAAUUGAAAUUGAAGAAGAAGAAAGGUCUUUUGAUGCUGAUCAGUCUGAUGACAUAGAAGUGAGACGAGUUGGAGGUAAACGAUUUGUUACAGAGGAGCGUCUGAAUCAGUUUGGUAGAGAGAUGAAAGAAAGUAUCACGACUGAAGUAACCAAGUCUAUUGAGAACAUAAUGAACACAAGGCUACCAACAUCAAAUACAUACCAGCCUAAGAAGAAUUUUAACAGCCAAAAUUCAAGAUGGAAUAACAAGGACAAAAACCAGAAGCAAAACAAUACAAGAUGCUAUGCAUGUAAUGAAGAAGGACAUUAUGCAAGGUCAUGUCCUAACCAGAAACAGACACAAGGACAGGUUUCAGACGGAAAUCCGUUAAACUAAAACGGGCUGAGACUAAUGGCCAAGUGUCAGCCCACAAUUGCAAAAUUAAAACAGACUUAGUAGAUAUAAACCAGACAAAUGAGGAUCAAGUAGAUAGAAACAUUGAAUGUGUGUUUCUUGGUAAGGGGAUUGAAAAUCAAAUGGUGAACUCUGCCAGUAAGAAAGAAAGUACAGAUUUUGUUGCUGAGCCUAUACCGGAGGACCAAGGUCUCUCUUUAAAUGGUGAUAGUGGUCAGGAUACAGGUGCUGAAAAGGACGUGAUAUUUAACACUAAAGAGGAAAUUGUAAUUGAUCGCGUAACAGCAGCCAGUAUUAAGGUACCAAUGGAAGUCAGUAAUCAAAAAGUAAAAGCUGUAAUUGAUACUGGAGCAGAAGUUACUGUUUUAAAUGAAGACAUAUUUUUCCGCCUUCCAAAAACAAGCAGAUCAAAGUUGAAACCAGUACUGAAAAAACUAGUUGUUGCCGAAGCAGGGAAGCAAUUGGGAACAAAAGGUAUAGCAGCAGUGAUGUUAACACUUGGAGACUCAAAGUUUGUCUGGGAUGUAUAUGUAGCAACAAUUGGUGAUGAUUUGUUGCUAGGCUGUGAUGUCCUUGAUGAAAUGGAUAUAACAGUAAACUCUAGAAAAGGAAUUCAACUGAAUGGAAAAUGGAUUGAGUGUGAAGUUAACCGCAAGUCAGACAUGAUAGCAAGAGUGGUUUUAACUGAAAAUGUAACCGUUCCAGCCAAUUCUGAGAUGAUAUUAUUUGGUGGGAGUGAUAAUACUGAUGCUAUAGAUACCAGAUAUACCAUGCUACAACCAGUGGUUGAGGAUAAUCGGAAAAUUAUGGUUGCACAAAUCCUUGUUGACCCUUUUGAAAAAGUCAUCCCUGUUAGACUGGUCAAUAUGGAGGACCACCCUGUACAGUUAAAAAGAAAUUAUUUAAUAGGAGAGUUACAUCCAGUUACAAAUAUUACACAGUUUGAUGACAUCCAAAACAGUACAAAACCUUUGGAAAAUAAUACCAAGAAUAUCUACAAGUUGCACAAUUUGAAGAUGAAUAUGAACCUUACAGAUGAACCAGUAGGUAUUCCUGAUGACUGGAAUAGUACCAUUCGGAAAUGUAAAGCAGGAAAUUCCUUGGAGAUGGAUGAUAAAUGCAGAAAUGAGGCCAAAAUUCCUGCAUUACCAGAUCAUCUUAGUGAUUUAUUUGAAAGAAGUAGUAAAAACAUAGCAAAUGAAGAGACCAAACGAAAGCUUUCAGAUAUGCUCCUCAAGAACAGCAAGGUAUUUGCUGGUUCUAAAACUGAUGUUGGAACAUGUUCCUUUAUAAAGCAUAGAAUAGACACAGCUGGUGCAGCACCAGUAAGACAGCCACUUAGAAGGACACCAAUAGGAUUUGAGAAUGAAGAAUUUGAGAACUUACAAGAUCAACUUAAGACGGGAGUUAUCAAACCAUCAAAAUCAGCAUGGGCUUCACCUGUAGUACUUGUUCGGAAGAAAGACAACUCUGUGCGCUGGUGUGUGGAUUUUCGCAGAGUCAACGAUCUUACAAUUAAAGAUGCCUACCCAAUUCCUCGCAUAGAUAUGUGCCUUGAUUGUCUAGCGUCAGCGUCCAUAUUUUCAUGUCUCGAUCUUCAAAGUGGUUAUUGGCAGUUACUGGUAGAAGAAUCAGACCAACCAAAGACUGCAUUUAUUACCAAGUAUGGCCUGUAUGAAUAUACAAAGAUGCCUUUUGGACUC